AUGACAUGUUUCAUUGGUCGAUCAUUUGGAAAUGACUUUCGUAAUAAAUCGGCGCGGUCUCAUCAGAAUCCGACCAGAAAGAUCGAGAGGCAAGAUAAAAAGGGCACGCGAUCAAAACAGGCAGUCAAGCAGCUGACAUUGAGCAUCACAAAUGCCCCGUCGUUGAUUAAACGUGGCGCGAGUGAAACGGAAGAAUCAAAUUCAACUGGCUUGCAUGGUGACUUUGUUCCUUGCGACUCACAGCUGCCAGGCAAAGUGUGCAAUAUAGCACAGACAAGGCGGGAGCGACAAACGAUGUUUCUUUCAUCCGUCAUCAAGAAUUCCGGAUAUCACAAAUCCUGCAAAUCAGAGAAACUCAAAUGA